AUUAAAUGAGUAAAAUUCGCGUAAACAUUAGAAAACAAUAUGUGAACCAGUACGGACUGGAAAUCGCAAAUAAAAUUCGCCGCCUGGAAGAUCUUAUGACAAAGCGCGCAAGAUUUAUAACAUCAUUAAAUUUCUUGAAGAGAUGCAGAGACCAAAAUCUUAUCCCUACGUGUGUCAAGAUUUCACCAAAAAACGACAUCCUAGGGAGCGCAAAAAUCUUAAACCAGGCGAGUAAAAAGUUAUUACGGACGGUGAUAUAUCAAAAUCGUUCCAAUCUAGCCGCCUUAGAAAAAGAAAUAGGAGGGGUGACCGCCGCGUUAAAGAUAGUUUUAACGACAUUUGAUUUUGAUAAUUGCAUAAAAACUCUGAAUAAGCGCGAAAUGACAAAAUAUGAUAAAUGCAAAAAACGACAAAUUUUAAAAUUCGAUAAGUUAAACAGCAAAUCAAAUGUCAUAAACAACAAAUCGAACACCACAGACAAUGACAGCUCACGCGCGGUUGUCAAUCUGUCAAAAUGUCAUUUAGAUGUAAACACAAUAAAAGUUUUGGAAAAGGGAUUAAAUUUCGCUGUUACACCUCGCAAGAUACCCUUCGAAGAAAUUAUUUGUAACGUUGAAGACUGUCUGUCGAAAAACAAUAUAAAGAAGGAAGAUUCGGAGGCUAUCAGACAAGAUAUAUCGUCAGCAUUACGACGAAGUUCUGUGCCGAAACUAAAUCUUCCCCGCGAACAAUUAAAAGCCUUAUUAAAUCUACGAAACAGACGUGAAUUAACGGUUCUUCGUGCGGAUAAGGGUAAUGCAACUGUACUUUCGCCACUGCGUGGACAAACCAGAGCACAUACACGGGAUUCGUACCACUUUGUUAAUGAGAUCAAACAUCUACAUCUCAGUGACAAUGAAACUAUGGUUAGUUUUGAUGUGCAAUCACUCUUUACAUGCUUACCGGUUGAAGAUUGCAUUAGUAUUGUGUCAAGAAAGCUGAAGGAAAAUGACAUGCCGAUAGAAUAUGCUGACCUUCUCAAGCAUUGCCUUACAUCUGGCUACAUGUUGUGGAAUAAUCAGUUCUACAAGCAAGUAGAUGGCGUAGCGAUGGGUUCACCAGUAUCCCCCGUUGUUGCCGACAUAUUUAUGGAGGACUUCGAGGAAACUGCUCUGCGUACCUCGCCCAUAAUACCCAGGUUCUACAAACGGUAUGUAGAUGAUACUUUCACAAUAUUACCAUCUGAUAAAGUAUCCAUAUUCUUACAACAUCUUAACUCCAUAAAUUCCAAAAUUCAAUUCACAAUGGAGUUGGAGGCAAAUAAAUCUUUAGCUUUCUUAGAUGUAUUAGUCAUCCGUAAUCCCAACAAUACCUUAAGCCAUACAGUGUAUAGAAAGCAUACCCAUACGGAUAGGUACUUAAACGGCGAAUCACACCAUCAUCCUACACAGUUAGCUACCGUGGGUAAAUCUUUGUUUCAGAGAGCACGAGGGAUCUGCGAUGAGCGACACCUGGAGACCGAACUUCAACAUGUCAAGCAAGUACUGCGAGACAACAAGCUUCGGGUACCGCGUCCUCAUCGCAGUGAACGUGUGAAACCAGCCACCGUCGAACGAGUACCUGCUGUGCUACCUUUUAUGAAAGGGGUCACUGACAAGAUUGGCUUCAUCUUAAAGCGUGCUUCUAUAAAAACUUUUUUCAAGCCGCCAAAAACGAUAAGUCAAUUUUUACCAUCUGUCAAGUGUCAUAUACCCUUACAAGAUGCAGGAGUAUACAAGCUUGAUUGUGACUGUGGUCUCUCUUAUAUAGGACAAACAAAACGAUCGAUCAAAACUCGCGUUAAGGAACAUAUAGCUGACUUAAAACAUCGUCGCUAUACUAAGUCUGCAAUCUGUGAACACAGUCUAGACACAGCUAGCCAUUAUAUUAGAUUCGAUAAACCACAGAUCCUCGCAAAAGAACACCGAUUCCAACCAAGGAUGAUCCGUGAGGCUAUUGAAAUUAAAAAACAUCCAAAUUUCAAUAGAGAAGAUGGCUGGCAAUUACCACCUGCUUGGGACCCCAUUAUUAAUAUAAUUAAAUCAAAAACCAAGCAUAAUUCACCACAGAUUAAAGACUCAAUUAGCACA